CGACUCCGUGCAGCCUAACACAAGCUUCUUCUCCCCUUCGCAUUUACUCCUAGACGGAUAUGACUUAUUGAGUCUGCUACACGUAAUCAAUCUACUAUCUGUCUUGGCGCUGUGGUCGCUGCCCAGGACACUGCCCACCCGGACUCGGAGUUUGGUAACACUCUCGCAUUCAAUGCGUACACCAAUAUUCACGCGGACUCUGCCGCGCUUGCAUGGUCCUGGCCACGCGUUCCGGUCUUCCCUGUUCUCCCUCCGGAAGCUCUCUAGCAGAGCUCCUCGCGAACACACUAGGCAAGAGUCUUCGGUAGCUAGUCCGUACGCCAGAAAUUGCGAACGGACUUAUGAAACGCGUCCGUUUGCUGUCGAACGCGUAGGGGGUCGAGAAUGCCACAUCUCGUGGUCAGAUGGGCGUUCGGGCAUCCGGAAGGAGUGGAGGGAUACCGCGUCCCCAGAGGCCACAGAAGGGAACGUCGCUGUGUCGGGGAGAAACUCAGUCACAGGUAGGAUAUCCUCGUGGCUGCGACAGAUGUUUCUGCCGACGAAUUACCCCCAGUCGGUACACAGCUCGUACGCGUCUUUCCAUACCCUUCAAGCUCUGGAGACCACCAUGGCCACUAUCACGUCUGUCCUGUGCAACCAAGCCCUCCUUACAUCUGUGGGCAUGUCUGCAGAGGGCAGCGUGUUUGGAGCGGUCGCAGUGCAAUGGAUUAUCAAGGACGGUGCGGGAGAGGUUGCGAAGUUGUUCUUCAUCCGGCACUUUUCCACAUACUUCGAUAGCCAUCCAAAGACGUUCACUCUCUUUGGGGAGGUCCUUGGGUGCCUGGGAAGCGGUCUGCAAAUUGCCACCGUGCUGAUAGCACCAUCGCCUUUGAACUUUCUGCUCUGCGCCGCUGGUGGAAACAUCUUCAAGCUCGUAGGCAACGCGAUUUGGUCCACGACGCACAUCAAGUUCAUACGCUACUUCUCUAUGCAAGGGAACGACGGCGAUGUCGCAGCCAAGGACGAGUCGCAGGCGUCAGUAGCCCAGCUGGCUGGCUAUGCCGCCGGCAUCAGCUUGUUGACCUUCUCGCACGCUCCCGCGUACCUUUACGCCAUAUUCUUCGCGGCCGUCCCCCUCCAUUUGACGAUGACGGCCUACAUGAUGCGAGUAGCCACCUUUGAGCUGCUCACUCUCCCCAGGAUCAGUCACCUCGCCCAGACGUACGUGAAUGACGGUGUGGUCGGGUCUCAGAAAGACUUGGACAGAGAACAUGCGACGGGCCUCUUUGGCGAAUUUUACAAGAAUAAUGGCGAUCGCUGGCUCACGCUCGCCCCUCGGGUCGGGGAUGCGCUGAAUACAAGCUCGGAUGUGGAUCGAUCCACGUGGCAGGUGUGCUCUCAAGUGUUCCAGGACGACCGCUACCUCCUGCUCCCUUGUGAUUCGCCACGAGGCCCGCUUAUAUCUGUGCUCUUCCACCCGGACGCGACGACCGACGAUAUGCUUCAAUCGAUUUUACAUGCGGCAUCGGUUCGCAGCUUGCUUUCUCGCGACGCAUCAUGCCCAACGCCCUCGUUGCGGACAGUGUUGUCGGAAACUCGCGUGCAGGCACAACAAGACUUCUCCGCAUUCAAGCAAGCUCUCCAUGAGCGUGGAUGGAGAACCGACGAGCUGUGCUUUGCCGACCUCGGCCACCGUGUUAUAUGGACUGCUUAGAACGAGCCGGCAUUUGCCAGCAGCAACCCUUAGAUUACGUCUCGUUGAUAAUAGUGGACUCCCACUAGACACCUAUAGCUCACCUCCUUACUCACGCUGACAUAUAUAGACAGAACCUUACGAUCAGAGUAAUCGUACCUACAUAGUCUUAUGCUAGUGUAGCACAUCUUGUACGCGAUCCUCCAUGUUAGCCCCUCUCACGAACUCAAUCAGCGAACGUUGGUGACUCGUGCCCCAUUUGUGUAGAAGUCGACUGUUAAGCGCAGAUGCAGUGUACGCGAGGGAUCGAUAGGUGGAGGGUCGUAUGGCCAGUAAACACGUCAAGUUGCACCUUCUGCACAUUUUUACGUCCUCUCCCCGAUAGCCUCUGAUAACACAUAGCUGGGCGAACCGACACGCGUAUGCCAUCCCGAGUGCAGCUUACCUAGAUAGCUGUUGCACUCGUUGGGAAGAUGCUCCGUUUCCUCAGCUGGUUGCCAGGGAGUUGGGCAAGAACAACCACGGAGGUUGGCCGAUCCCAGAGCCUAUCCACGAUGUGAUCGCGCGGAAUAGCGUGCAAGGAUUCGGAUCGGCAUGAGGAAACAACCUGGCACGAAGCAAAGGCACUCGAAGGGACACGCAGCGUCCACAUGUCGGGGAGAAGGCGAGAUGUGUGCCUCCCUGUAUCUGAAUCAAAAUGCAAUGUGGUACGAGAUGGGCCAAGGAUGAGUUUCCG